GCCCCCGCGAUAUACUUUCACUAUCGUCGACGAACCGAUCGCACUCGUCGGCCAUAACGUCGCACUGUAACACGUCGCCGUCUUCCGUUCUUAUAAUAAUAUCACACAGUUAAUAUUCGUCAUCGUAUCGCCCGCCCGUGGAGGUACACAGCACUGUCGCUUACGCGCAAAGGAGAAACAGAAAAAAAAAAGCUAAGAGGAGAUUGUAAACAGAUUUUACGCGCCGUUUCGCGGUCUAUUUCUGAACAACGCCGUACCCGUAUAAUACACAUUACUUAUUAUAAUAUUAUUAUAUACGUCCAGCGCGCAUAUACCGCGUCCUUUUAGUGUUUUUUGUUUUGUCAAUUGAUUCGCUUUUGUUUCUGUUCAUCCGUUCGCGAUGAAUCGGCCAGCACAUCCAUCCAUGUGUGUGGGGCGAUUAGCUUAAGAACAGUCGAUUUAGGUAAACCAAAAUCGAAUCGCACUACGUACGGCAGCGUCGCAGUUGACCGGACACUGCAGAGCACAACACGAUCAAUCGCUAUAAAAAAAAACAAAAAAAAAACACGCAAAUUCAUUAACAAGCCCUAGCACGCGUACAAUUAGGAGGAUGGUGACACCGUCGUACACAGCCGCCGCCGAUCGUCCGGUGUCGCUGACACUCAUCGUCCGGGCGUCUCUGUUGAUAACCGCAAUCUCCACCUUCUCCCGGCCCGCCGAAGCCGUUCUUUCCGUGAACGCCACACCUGAAUACAUUCAUUCAUGUCGUAAGGCGGACGUUCAAUUCAAUAGUUGCAUAAAAGAAACGUUCAACCAUCUUCGUCCUUACCUCAUUAAUGGAAUCGAAGAGCUUACCGUGCCUCCGAUUGAACCAUUGGUUAUACCUAAAAUGCAAAUGGAAAACGGUCAUGGUGCAGUCAGAGUGAGGGCGAUACUCAGUAACAUGACUAUACACGGAGCGAGCAACUAUACAGUUUUAAACGUCAGGAGUGAUAUGAACAAGUACCGCAUAGACUUAGGACUUUUCAUACCGCACAUCGAAGCCACUGGAAACUAUGAUGUCAAUGGAAACGUGUUACUGUUACCCGUUAGAAGUAGAGGAGAAUUUUGGGCGUCCUUCGAAAAUGUAACGGCCUUAGCAAAAUUAUACGGAGUUGAGGUGAAUAAAGAAGGAGUAAAAUUUAUGAAAACUGAAAGAUUGGGAAUUGGUUUCAAACUGGAAAAAUCCGAUUUUAAAAUCAAAGAUGCCAUCAAUAUGCAAAACGUUAUCGGUGAAGCAAUGAACGUAUUUUUGAAUGAAAAUUCAGCAGAGAUUAUUGAAGAAAUGAAACCUGCCGCUUCGCAAGCCAUUGGCAAACAUUUCAAAAAUUUCUUGAACAACGCGUUUUUACAAAUCCCACUUAAAGUGUGGUUGAAAGACUCUGAAUAAUUUUCUAUAAAUUUUCAUGUUUAUCAUUUGUUUUGUAAUUUCCUUUACUUUUCCAUUACUAUAGUGAUAAUUUUAUUUUUAAGCAUUAUAUUACGUAUAAUUUUAUUCUCAUAAUAUUAUAUGUACUUUUAAAUUAGUUUAUUUAUUUAAGUUACCACACUUUAAACAAAAUAUUAACAUAGAAUUUCUAUUCUGUAGACUAUUUACCAUUUUGUAUAUAUAGGUACUUAUACAUAAUAAUAUUAUAAUGUAUUAUGUCGUCGUAUUUUUCGUACGGGUUAUUUUUUUUUUAAAUUGUAACACUUUAGAAGUAGUGUUAUCGACAAUGUUAUAUUAAUUAUAUAUUUAUAAUUGCCUUUUGAGUAUUAUUUUAGUUUUGAAUUAGUUGUAUCUAUAUUGUAAGUAAAAAUGUUUGAAAAUUAUAACGCGCUGCCGGGUGACAGUGCAAUAUUGAAAUGGUAUGUUUAACAUUGCACAUAAACAAUUUUAAUUUACCAAAAGAAAAUAUAGCUCGUUAAAUUUUAAGGAUAAAACUUUUCUUUAAAAUUAUUGUUAACGACUCAUUAUAUAAAUGUAAUGUUUUUUUUUUUAGUAAUGCAAGUUUGUUAAACAAAAUGCGGUUAAAAAGCUGAAAGAGAAACGUUAUAAAUUAAAACUAUUAACAUAUAUUACUGUAUAGUUUUUAGUUAUAUUUAAUGUGUAGAUUCUAAUAGAAUGAAUGAAAAUAA